AUGAAAGAAGGCCACAUCAGUGAAAGUGAACAAGACUCAUCCACUGCUGCCAACAAGAACUUGAAAACUGCAGAUUUUCAGUGUUGGAGGGGGCCACGGUGUGUGAAGCAUAAGAAUCCGGUCAAUUACUCAUGGUUUCAGGACUCUGACAGCGAUGAUGACUUUAUUUCUGCAACUACACCUUUAAAUGAGAAACCCAGAACACCACCAAAGGAGUUAAAACUAGAAACAAGGAAACCUAAACUGAAGAAUCUCCAGAAAGAAGAUAUCCCACUGCAAGAGAAAACCCCUAAAAAUAGGAUGGCUUUAGGUGACAAGCUAUACCAGCAAGACUUAGAAGUUGCACUAGCUUUAUCAGUGAAGGAACUUCCAACGGUCACCAUUGAUGCAGAAGAGGCUGGAGAUAAAAGCAUUGAAAAAUGUGACAGUAGUGAAACCAAAACAAUGAGUAAGGACCCUCAUAUCUCCAAUUGCAGUGUAGCCAGUGAUUAUUUAGAUUUGGAUAAGAUUACUGAGGAAGAUGGUUUUCCUGGUGUGCAAGGGAAAAGAGAAGCCGCAUCAAAGACUGUGGUACAACAGAGGAAGAUUCUUCUGGAAGGCAGUGAUGGUGACAGUGCUAAUCACUCUGAACCACACUUUGCAACUGGUGAAGAGUCUGAGGAUGACUCUGAUUUUAGUGAGAGUGCAGACAAUGAUGAAUACUUCACCAUGAGAAAAAAUAAGGUGAAAGAAAUUAAAAAGAAAGAAGUGAAGGUCAAAUCCCCAGUUGAAAAGAAGAAGAAACCUAAAUCCAAAUGUAAUACUCUGGAAGUGACUUCGGAGACUGCUCAAGUCGCUGUGAAAUCAGAACCUCAGCCUUCACCAAAAAAGGUCUCUGUUUCUUCAGAGGCCACUAGGAAACCACUACAAAUAAGCAGUCCUUCAGCUGAAAACAAAAAACCUAAGUGGGUUCCACCAGUGGUAUCUGGAAGCAGCAGCAGCAGGAGCCCACUGGAGAGUCUCUGCCUUGGUUUGUCCAGAUUAAACUUUGCAUCCAAAUGCUGCUAGUAGCUGAGUGUGGUAGUAAACCCGUUUGAUUAAGAGAAUCACAGUUUUA